AUGAACGACAGAGGUAGAUCAGAGUCAAGUCCAAACACAAGAGAGACGAGGUGGUCUGGAAAACCUUCAAGAUCCAAGCAAUUUAGUCAAGUGAAAUUGGAAACUGUCAUCACUGGCCAUUUAACUCAAGAACAACUUGAUGCUUACCAACAAGUGUUUAGAAUUGAAGAGAUUUCCGAAAUACUAAGGAAAUCGCAACAGCAACACAAACUGUUGCUCGAAUUUUUGCCAUCGUCUCACGUGGAGCCAGGAAGUAAUUAUAGGAGAGAUCCAUCGCCACCGCCAAAGUAUGACAAACAGGGUAAUAGGAUCAACACAAGAGAACAACGGGUACGAGAGGCAUUGGAAAAGGAAAGGCAUGAGUUGGUUGAGUUGGCCGCAUCAAGUAUCAAGAAUUACAUUGCUCCUUCUGAUUAUCGCAAGCCAGCAAAGACGUUUGAGAAAUUGUACAUACCUGUCAAGGACUAUCCUGAUAUCAAUUUCGUUGGUUUCUUGAUUGGCCCUAGAGGAAGAACAUUAAAGCGAUUGCAAGAUGAAAGUGGAGCACGACUACAAAUACGUGGUAAAGGUUCAGUUAAAGAAGGUAAAUCAACACAAAUGACGAUUGAAGACCAAUCAUCAACAGGGGCAGACUCUACUGAAGAUGAUUUGCAUGUUUUGAUUACCUCCGACUCACAACAAAAAAUUGCCAAAGCAGUUAAAUUGGCCAAUGAAGUUAUUGAGAAAUUGGUGUUUUCACCCGUGGGCCAAAACGAGUUGAAGAGGGAGCAAUUGAAAGAAUUAGCAGUUUUGAAUGGUACACUACGCGAAACCAAACCUUUCGACCCAGAAGCCUACCAAAAGAGACAACAGAGAUCAUUUGAUAUUACAAGAAUUGUUUGUAAAAUAUGUGGCAAAGUGGGCCACUACGCAAGGGAUUGUAAUCAAAAACCUCACAACUCCGGAGACAAUUAUAAACAUACUGCUGUUGACUCUUAUGCCCCAGGUUCGAGUUCAAAUCAAGAGUUCUCAGAACCAUCGCAAAAGAAGCAAAAAAUAGAGCCACCUCUACCCCCAUGGCAGGCAUCUAAUCCCAACAAAGCAACUGGUCCUAUACCACCUCCAUCGGUUGCCAGCUUGGGUCAUCUUCCUCCACCACCUUCAAUACCUAGCCACCAUCCACUACCACCACCACCACCAACAAGGCGUGAACCAAACUUACCACCCAUUCCCAAUCAACUGAGUGUUUCAACUGUCAAACCCCCACCUCCUGGAACACUAAAGCCCACUCCACCACCUCCAGCACCACCGGCAAAUAAAAAGACUGCGUCUGGUUCAGGGAAGCCACCUCCACCGUCAGCUCCACCUUCUCGCCCAGCACAGCCACCGCCACCACCGCCGCCACCGUCAAGGUAA